AUGACGACUGCAACUACUUACUCUAAAUCAUUUAUUACUAUUAUUAUUAUUAUUAUUCCUUCACUACUGCUUAUAGCAUUAUCAGUUGCAAAUGAUGCAACAAAUGAUAUAAGGAAUGAAGACAGUACGUCAGCGAAAAACUUAAGAAAUGAAUCAACUAUUGACCAAUCGAAAAAACCACUUACUUAUCAUGAUUAUUUCUAUAUAACUAUGAAAGAUUAUUUCUUGCAACUGAAAAAAACAAUUUAUAUAAAAUUGAAAGAAGCUCAACCUGAUACAAUCGAUGAUGCUAUCGAAUUUCAAUCAUGGACGCUGUCAAUACUAGCUGUAAUUAUAUUAUCAUUCGUAUUCAUUUGCUGCUUCAUACCACUCCUCGUCUGUUUAGCAUGUAAACUAUUUGGGUGUUGUACAUGCACUGGAUGCAGGACUAAUGAUGGAUUGACUCGCAGAUACAUUUUUUGGCAGAACUCUGCUCAAAAACGUUUAUCUAAUGAACACCGUAAGCAAAAUGGAAAUAUCCGGAACAAUAUUCUCAAAGUUGAGUUUUAUAAGUCAUGCCAUAAACGUGCUGUUAUUUCGGUAUGUACAAUGAACGAACAUGGGAGAGAAUCUUACCCAUUGCACAGAAAUUCCCGUUAUAAUCAGCAUUACAUACAGGAAACAUGCUUUAAAAAAUGCUCUGUAACCGGGAGAGCUUUGGAAUAA